AUGCUCUUGCUUUUACUUGAACUGGUGCUUCCAGCAUUUUUGCUGUAUGUUGGAAUCUCGAGUAUUGGGAAUUGCAUGGUUGACGAAAGAAUUCCAGUUUGGCUCAUUUGUAUAGCAAGUGGUCUAUUCUUGCAACUCAUUUUGGAAGCAGUGGUUCAAUAUCAGAAAUCUGGAAACCGUAUCAGAACUGAAACUGACAUUAAUUAUACGGUUUUCAAUUUGGCAUUGACUAUUGUCAGAUUGGCAAUGUUUGUUGCAAUAAUAAUUGGAUAUGUAUUUGUAUUCUCUGCAUACUCAAAAAAUAAUCAAUGCGACCAACUGCUCUACUGGACAUCAUUCAUAUAUUGUAUAUUGGGAUUGAUUGUGUUUGCUAUCUUAUUGUUGGUAGUUUGCUGUGUUGCCAGGACAAGUUCUUAACAUAUUCUAGGCGAUUUUCUUUAAUGUAUAAAAAAGUUUGAAAAA